AUGUCCUCGCCCACAUCCAGGCGGAAUAGUUCCCGUGGAUCAGUGUGUGGAAACCGGGCAUCAUCUGAGUGCCAUGUCCGCCGCAGGGGCUCCAGCUGCUCUUACUUUUCCUCUGAAGACUUAUCCGUGAGUCUUAACCAACCGAUAUUUACUAUAACGCUCCGGUUUCUGCUGGCGAUAGAUCUGUGGCUGUCCAAGCAGCUCGGAGUGUGCGCAUGUGAGGAGUCUCCGUGGGUCGGUAUACGGCCCCUGGUGCGUCUGGUGGAGCUCUCCGGGCAUGAAAUCCCGUGGCUCAUCGGGACAGUGUACACUCUGCUGAGGGGAGAGAGUGUGGAGGAGCAGGAGAUCAUGCUGAAUCUGGUCCUGGCUCUGUUGUUGGACCUGCUGUUGGUCAGACUUCUGAAGACCCUGGUUAGACGUCGAAGACCAGCCCAGAACCGCUCUGAAUUCUUUUCCACCUUCCUCCUGGAGCGAUACUCCUUCCCAUCCGGGCAUGCCACCCGGGCCGCCAUGUGUGCCCGCUUUCUCCUCGCUCAGCUGGUGGACACAGCCUCCAUGCGGGUCCUGGUGGUGGGUUGGGCUGCUCUGGUGAGCCUGUCUCGACUGCUGCUUGCCAGGCAGUAUGUGACAGAUGUGGGCUUCGGCCUAGCUAUGGGGUACUGCCAGUACAGUCUGGUGGAGAGGUUGUGGGUGACAUGGGACUGCCUGCAGGACCUGCUGCUCAUAGGACUGAGAGAGAGACUCAACCGCGCUUACAGUGGACUGUGGAUGGAAGAUUGGAAACAUUAG